UGAGCUGAGCUGAGCUGAGAGAGGGGAGGGAGUAUUGUGCUUUGCUUUGCUUCGGUUCGCUUCUGACAAUAUUCUCUCGCGAGUCUGCCAUAGCCAUUGGGUUUCGUGCUUCAUCGAGUAGAAUACGUACAAACCAACGUCUCUCUCUCUCUCUGUCUCUCUCCGAACAGGGUUAAGCGACUACCCACAUUUACGUCUCUCUCUCUCUCUUUCUCUCCCCGGACAGGGUUCCCAACCCAUUAUUUUAACUGUUGUUGUCCUCCCUCUCCCUCCGUUCUCUCUUCCGAGAUCCCUAAGUCCCAAAAAUGAUGUGAUCCAUCUUUAGGGUUUGCUUUUCUUACCGCAUUGCUGUUUCGGUGCCUCAAAAGGAAAUAAUUUGGGCAAGGAAGAAGUCGGUGAUGGAUUUUUUCAAAGUUAAAAAGUUCAGGAAAGCACACAAACCGAACCCAGAGAAGGAUGCAGAAGAUAAGCCUGUUCCUCAGCCAGAAGAACCAAAGGAUGAUAAAGGUGAUAACUUGGGUAAAUCAACCAAUGCCGAUCCUGCUUCUGAAGCUGAGGAUGAUGAUGAUGAUGAUGAUUUUAUCACUAAUGAGGUCAAGAGGAGAUUAAAAGAACUGAGAAGAAAUAGUUUUAUGGUGUUGAUACCUGAAGAACCAGGCCUAGAAGAUGAGGAAGAAGAAGAGGGCGAGACAAGCUCUGCUGAGUGGCGGGAUGUUGAAGCAGAAACUCAACAAUCGUGGUUUGGUUUAGAUGCUUUUUAUGACAAAUACUGUGAGCAGAUGCUCUCUUUUGAUCGGUUGAGUGCUCAGCUGCUCAAAGAAGUUGGCUCCUCUCAUAUUCCUACAACCCCAUCACCCAGAUCUGCAUCUAAGAAGCUUGUGGCUCCAUUUCGCUGUCUUUCACUGAAAAAGAUGGAAGAACCUGAUGAUGAUACUGAGCACCUACAAGAGCCAGAGAACGACCCACAUCAGGAUCUAGAAACCGCAUAUGUUGCUCAAGUUUGCCUGACUUGGGAGGCACUCCAUAGCCAAUAUACACGACUGAGUCAGAAAGUCUCUUCCCAACCUGAAAACUCUGCCUGUUACAACCACAGUGCUCAGCAGUUUCAGCAGUUCCAGGUUUUACUGCAAAGGUAUAUUGAAAAUGAACCUUUUGAGAAGGGCCUCAGAGAAGAAAUUUAUGCUCGGUCAAGGAAUUCAUUGCCGAAACUCCUUCAUGUUCCAAAUAUACGGGGUUUAGAUCAAGGAGAGACAAAAGAAGAAUCAGAUUUGGUGGUUCUUGCCUCAGAUCUCAUUAAAGUAGUUGAAAGCUCUAUCAUCACUUUCCACCUUUUCUUGAAGAUGGACAAGAAAAAAUCAAAUGGGGUUCGCUAUCCAUUUGGAGGUCAAAACUUGGCUACUCCUGUCCACCAGAUUCAAUAUUCUCUUGAGAAGAAAGAAACGAAACUGAAAGAAGUGCGGAAAAAGAUGAAAGGUUGGAAGAAGAAAUCUUGGCCUGCGUCACAAGAGGAGGUGGAGCUGCUGUUUGGCCUGAUUGAUGUCAAAAUCUUAGCAAGGGUUCUAAGAAUGGAGAGAGUCACUAAGGAGCAGUUGUUUUGGUGUGAGGAGAAGAUGAAGAAAGUAGACGUAUCAGAUGGAAAGCUGCUGAGAGAUCCUUCUCCCAUCCUAUUUCCUUGCUAAUAUAUAUAUAUAUAAUCAUAGCACCAGACCAGAGAGAGAGAGAAGCAUGGUAUGGCUGAGGUUGGGCAUGGAAGGAAGUUGCUGCAAGGAAGGAAAUUCCCCUUCCAUAUCUUCUCUAUUUAGAAAAGGGGAAGAGUGCCAAUAGCUCAUAUUUUAUGCAUUUUCUCUUGGCAAGAAAAUCAGAGCAUUUGCCAAUAUUAUGAAUCGAUGUAUGUAUACAAGGCAACAUGGUGUCUUUUUCUGUUU